GCCGUCACUAUAUUAUUAUUAUUAUCAUCAUGCAUUUAUGCAAUAUAAUCGUUAGUUUUACACGCGCGCCUUUAGCGUGCGUGUGCGUGUUGCCAUCGCCGUGUUGCUAUUACAAUAAUACUUGACGUUUUAAAUAUCAUAUAAUAUAAGACAUCAUAAUUUUAAACGAAAUAUCGCGAUUACAACGAUUUCCGCUCGCCGAACAAAUAAUAAUAAUCUAGUCGAUAAUAUUUUAGAGAUCACACGUGUUAUACUUUUACACGAUGCAGUGACCGACGACGAGUGCGCGGGACGACCAUCAUACGUUUUUUCCUGAUAAUCCUAGUGGUCGUAAAAUGGAAUGCCGUCGGACUGUCGUUACGGGCGGAGUGUUGCGAUCGCCUCCGCCCGCGUCAGCUACGCCACUGACGAUGGCUGCGGGCGUCAUGCGGCACCGGAGCCUCCGUCACGGUCGAUUGUACGAUUGCGACGACGAAGUCGUAGACGAGUACAACAACAACAACAACAACAGCAACGUGUAUGCGACCACGGUAAACAAUACGACGCAGCUCGUCGACGAGUUGGAACAGCUGCGGACUGACAACUUUCAGCUCCGGUUGCGCGUCUACAACGCCGAACGGAGAGUGGACAAGCUCUCGGCGGCCGCGCUCGAUCGGGACCGGGAAAAGCGCAGCAACAGUACCAAUACCGAUAGCGACGACACCGAUGACAGUAGCGACCACAGCGACACCGACCACAAUACCGCGGCGGCCAAGGCGACCGCCGAAGCUGCCGUGCGCACUAUCCACGACUUGUUAACGGUCAACCGAAGACUGCUGGCACUGCUGGCGGCCAUAGUUUCAGCUAAAGCGGUGUCCGUGUCUGCCGACGACAAACGACGCUGGCGACAACUGCGAAGGCACAUCGAAAAAUACACCGCUGACGGCACGAAAGAAAAGAAGACAAACAACGAACUCGACGAAGAUGACGACGAAUUCCAUGACGCGUCUGCGACGGAAUCGGAUACGUCAUGCAAAUCGCGGGUAGCGUCUGCGGAGCGUUCGGCGACGAGACAGAACGUUCUGCGUUCGCCUCCGCCUCCACCGGUACCGUCGUCGUCCGCACCGCUCGAGACCACGGGCGAAGGCGACGAAGGUGCCGGCUCUGAAGUGUCCCGUUUACGAGGACGGUGCAGACGGCUGGAGCGGUCACUACAGCAGCUGGUAAACACAGAACUAUGGGCCCGGAACCGGCAGAUUGGUAAGCUCGAGCAACAAAAGUACGCGACCCAAGUGGCCGACGCGGCCGCACAGAAAGACAGGAAACCGGCUGAGGUGGUGGCUGCGGAUGUAGCUUCACCGCAGCAACAUUAUCUGCAGCAAUUCCGUUCAAAAGCCGCGUCGACUGCUCCGCUACCCGCGGUGACCAAAGGAAUCCUAGUAAAACGGUUGCCCGCGGAGACAUCUACCGCAACAACAGCAUCAACGGUUGUCGCGGAAUCACAGAACCAUCGAAAGUCACCGCUAACGGUAACUACAAUCACGACACCGCCACCGGUGUUGCCGGACUAUUCGGAAGUGAACUUUUUCUUCAGCUGCGACGAAGAAGAAGACGACGACGACGAUGACUCCGCAGAGAUGAACACUUCGUCGUCGCCGGAAGAGGAAACCGCGGAUUCGAACGACUGCAGAGGCGACGAAAAGCCUGUACGGUUGACUGCGAUCGGCGCUCCGGUGUCGUCGACGAGUACGCGGAAACGACACUGUCGACCACAUCACCGGCAACUGCAACAGCCAACCGGCAAAGGCGUUGGCGACGCGGCCACCGUCACUACGACGUCGUCCUCGUCAACGGAGUCCGAUGCGACCGCGGACGAAGCGGACGAUUUGACCGGCGAUGGCGUUACCGUGAAAACGACUGCCGCUACGUCGCCCACCGCACGAAGUCGGACCGUCAGUGGCGGCGGUUUGCACAGAAGGCGACGGUGCAGGCCACCCCGCCGAUGUUCAACUUGCGGCCGUUGUAGUGGCGUCGCGGACGCCGCGGAGGCGGCUGCAGAUCGCGCCAAGCCGCCGCCGUCCGUGAACGACGUCCAAGUGCAGUGCGGCGACGGAAACGUGACUGCCGACCACGACUGCAGCAAUGAUGAUCGUGACGUUGCGGGCGAAUCGCAGCUGCAACUAUUGCGCCGCGAACUGGACGCCCGGCGGCGUGAAAACGGUCGACUGUACGACAUGUUGCUGAGAUUGCAACGCGGAACGCAAUCGGGCGAUCGGGGAAAGGGCGACGGUGGCCCGAGAAUUCCGUCAUCCGACCUAUCUGACUCUGACCCGAGUGGUUCGCCCGAACCGUAUCGGCGGGCGGCCGGAGCGGUCCGCGGUCGCAUCGCCGACCUGUUGCCUCCGCUCCUGUCCAUGCGGUCGAUUUCGGACGACGACGACGACGACGACGACGACAACGGUGGCCGUCAACGUGACCAGCCGGACGGUGCGGAACAACAGCAACAACAACAGCUGAUGCUGCUGACCCGUCUCCGGGAACGCAUAGUGGCGUACGAACGGCGAGAACUGAACGGCGGCGAUGAUCGCGCUGCGGUGCGGUCGGCGCGGCCGGAAGACACGUCGAACGAUGCCGUCCGCCGCAUGGACCGCGCCGAUCUGGUAAACGUGGCGCUCCCGCGGGUCGUAGAACGGCUCUGCCAGGCGCUCGUGCCGCUGUUGCAACAUCGGCGAGAAAACGAUGUCGGCGCGUCGGCCGGUGCAGGUAGAUCUUUGAACGUCGGCGAUGGUGAUGCAUUACGACCGUCGCCGCCGAGGGAAGAGCGAUGACAAAGAUUUUGUAUGUAGUACCACCCCUCUCGGGGGAAACACUAUAUGAUGUGUGUGUGUGCUUUAUUAUGUAUUAUUGCACUAUCGUUUGAAUAAUAUUGCUGUAUACCUUGCGCGCAACGGUAAUUGAAUCGGUUAAAUAUGGCCACAUGGGUUCGGUUUCACGGAGUGGUUUCGAUUUUUGUUUUUUUUUUUAAUAUUAUGUAAUAUGUAUUGUAUACAAAUAUUUUUGUUGUUGUUGACGUUUAUUAUUUUUAUUUUAUUACGACACUUUUCAAUUUUUAUACGCCAAACUAUAUACACAAUUAUUAUCAUUAUAAAUUAUUACGCUUUACGAUGUAUAUUCCAAUUAUGUAGGUGCGUUACCUAUAUAAUAAUACUUAUAUUAAUUUGCCAAAAGACUCAUAUUCGUGUGCCAAAAACAAAAAUGCAUUUUUGUACCUACUAAUAUAGGAUUAAUAUCUGCUAUUUCGAAGAUUUAAUUUGUAUUAUUUUUUUAUAUGUAUACUUAUAAUAUUAUCAAUGAGCGCAAACAAAUAAAAAAAUUAUUAUAUUGAUUAUUUAUAUAA